AAAUUGCCCGUGUGGUGUAAUGAGAAAGAGUUGAAUUAGUCUUCAACAAACUCUUAAAAUUUUAUAAUAACCAGUCCAACACCCAAACAAACAACAUCAGCAGCCAUAGCCAUACCAUAACCAAAGUCUAUAAAAAAACGAAAAUACUUUAGUAGCAAUUUUUAUCAAAUUUGGAGGAGAGAGAAAAUCUAAACCCAUAAACCACAAAUCAUGUGUUGCGGUGACGGAAAUUGCAGGCCGUUAGGCUUCCUCUUGGGUCUUCCUUUCGCCUUCUUAUGCCUCCUUAUCUCUAUUGUUGGCAUUAUUGUUUGGAUAGUCGGAUUGACGUUGAGUUGCAUAUGUCCAUGUUGUUUGUGUGUGACGGUGUUAGUGGAAUUGGCACUUGAGUUGAUUAAAGCUCCUAUUCAUGUCAUGGAGUGGUUCACUUCUAAAAUCCCUUGCUAAUUUUAAAUUUCUUAUGAUUUUUUUGUUUGUUUUGUUGUAAUUUCACAUCUUUUUUGUAUUUUGUGUAAAUCUUAAUAAAUGAAUUCUGGGGUUUUGUGUAUUAGUUUUUGUUGUUGAUCAAUAUAGUAGAUGAUUCUUGACUCUA